AAGCUCAGGCGCACUUAAAGCUGAACUGUGGCCGCGCAAGAAAAGGAGCGCACCUUUCCGGAGCGCACGGCGAAGGGGCGGAUCUAAAAUGACACCGGCAUCUGAUCUCUGAAUCCUCACUCAUUCGCUCUCUUGGACCGUACAGCCGAGCGUUUAAAACGUUUCUUUCUUUCUUUAUUAAAAGCUUUCACAUGGGCGCACGGUGCAACAGAGGGCUCCACCGCGCGCCUUCGCUUCUCCAGAUGGGUUAACUGAGUGAACAGCACCGAGACGGUCCGUUAUGGUCGGUGCAAACUUGGGGCCGGUACAAACUUCGCGCUCACCCCGGUAUGAUCGUUUGUAACGUGAGCCUGAGCUGUGCACACUGUCCCGGGGGAGGAGCUGGAGGCACGGCGGCGACGGCAACGGACGCGUACGAGCAGGUGCCCGGUUCCUUCCCUCCUGUGACCCUGAGCCCGAAGGGGCACCUGGUGGUGGCGGUGUGCCUCGGCUUCAUCGGCACCUUCGGGUUCCUCAGUAACUUCCUGGUGCUUGCGCUGUUCUGCCGGUACCGGGCUCUGCGCACGCCCAUGAACCUCCUGCUGGUGAGCAUCUCAGCGAGCGACCUGCUGGUCAGCGUGCUGGGCACCCCGUUCAGCUUCGCGGCCAGCACCCAGGGGCGGUGGCUGAUCGGACGCGCUGGGUGCGUUUGGUACGGGUUCGUUAACGCUUGUUUAGGCAUCGUCUCCCUGAUUUCCCUCGCCGUUCUUUCCUAUGAGCGUUACUGCACCAUGAUGGCGCCAACUAUAGCCAACGGCAGAGAGUACCGCCCUGCGCUGGGAGGGAUCUGCUUCUCCUGGCUCUACUCUGUGGCCUGGACUGUACCUCCGCUGCUGGGCUGGAGCCGAUACGGGCCCGAGGGUCCUGGCACCACCUGCUCAGUGGACUGGAAGACCAAGACGGCAAACAACAUCUCCUACAUCAUCUGCCUGUUCACCUUCUGCCUGGUCCUGCCGUUCUGCGUCAUCCUAUACUCCUACGGCAAGCUGCUGUACACCAUCAGACAGGUCAGCAGUGUGAGUUCAGUGGUGACCCGCCGAAGAGAGCAGCGGGUGCUGGUGAUGGUUGUCACAAUGGUGUUGUGCUAUCUGGUCUGCUGGCUGCCUUAUGGAGUGGUAGCUCUGCUCGCGACCUUUGGCCCCCAUGACUUUCUGACCCCGGAGGCGAGCAUCACGCCAUCACUGCUGGCCAAGUUCUCCACCGUCAUCAACCCUUUCAUCUACAUAUUCAUGAACAAACAGUUCUACAGGUGUUUCAGGGCGUUCCUGAGCUGCUCCACCCCCGAGCGAGGCUCCACCUUAAAGACAUUUUCACGGCCGACAAAGACCCUCCGCACUGUCCGCCAAGACAAGGAACACCACGUGUCCGCUCCCGCGCCCUGCUCAGCCCACUCCACGCCCAACUCCAUCCACGAGUCCUCGCAGAGAGGCAGUCACGUGGCUCCAUCUCCAUCGAAUCGACACUCUGCUGCUUCCAACACCCCUGCUGAUGCAAAUAGCCCCAAACCCAUACUGAUCCUUGUGGCUCACUACAGGGAGUAAAAACAGAGAAACAACAGCAGAACACGAACGUUUACAGAAGGGAGAAGGAGCAGAGCGCAGGGCUCCAAUUAAGAAGGAAAUCUUCUUAAUAGUGAAAGAGCGAGCGCAAAGUGAGCUCAGUGGGAGUCUUAAAUACGGGCUGGGACAUUUUAAUCCCAGGACAGGUUACCAUUGCUCUGUGAAGUCGGCAAACACAAAAUGUCAGUCAUCCUGCUUACCAGAGGCAUUGUAUAUAAAGCAGAAGACUAUGGGGCUAACAGUGCUUUGUGUUCACAUUACAGACUUCUUCUACAGAUUAAAGACACAUAAAUAGGUUGAGGUAUCUUUGGUACUUAACUAAAGUAAUGUUCUUUUUUAAUCUGAGAAAUUAUUCAGGAACAUUUUAGAAACGCACAGCAUUUAUUGGUGGAUAUUUCAUAAAAUGUUUGUUUUGUGGUAAACGGGGCAAUGAGGUAUUUUGUCGGUUAGUGUGUAGCAACUGUUAGCAGGAUUAUUCUUUUUUCGAUAAUAAUUCAGUUGAAGAAGGGGCUAAGCGUUUUUUCCUGACCCCAUUUCCAUGCCUGAUAUUUGAGGAUUUGAUACAGAGUAUUAAAGAUUUGUUGAACAAUUUUAUGCAAUUUAGAACUGAGAAGGUUUCUAUUAUGCCUUUAUUUACACUGUGCUGCAUACGAGCCCUCUGUCAUGGAAAGCUGGGACUGCAAUGAGAGUCACUGAAGGGGCAUUUCAUCAAUGUUGAGAGGGACACGUAGAGAGAUAUUGUUUUUGGUUGUCUUGGUGUUUUUGAAGUUGCUGUUUCUCUUUGUUUAGUGUAAAAGUGGUUUUGUGUUGUCUCCCAAUUGUGUUUUUCUUUGCUUAUGUAACAUAAAAUGAAAUCAUGUCACAAACAGA